CCUGCCGCACAGUGACGACAGCGUCGCCAUCUGGCGGUGUGCGUGCAGAACUGCAGGGCUCUCUCCUGAGGAAAACACAGGAGAUCACCCUCCUCCUCCUCCCUGCGGUGCUCAGUGGAGAACAGCGUCCAUGUCCGAGGUGAUCUGACACAAGCGAGGAGGAAGAGGAGGAGGAGGCGCAGUCCAUGAGGCAGAGGACCGAGGAGGAGAGAAACGAGACACGAACUCCCCCCUAACCCCCGCAGACGAGAGGAAGAAGAUCGUUCGCGUCGCCUCGGUGCAACCGCGAAGAUGGGGAACCGGGGAAUGGAGGAUCUGAUUCCUCUGGUGAACCGUAUGCAGGAUGCCUUCUCCGCCAUCGGCCAGAACGCGAACCUGGACCUGCCGCAGAUCGCCGUGGUGGGCGGGCAGAGCGCGGGGAAGAGCUCGGUGCUGGAGAACUUCGUGGGGAAGGAUUUCCUUCCCCGUGGUUCCGGCAUCGUGACCCGUCGUCCUUUGGUUCUGCAGCUGAUGACCUGUCCCACAGAGUACGCUGAGUUUCUCCACUGUAAGGGCAAAAAGUUUGUCGAUUUCGAUGAGGUCCGACAGGAGAUUGAGGCGGAGACUGAUCGCAUCACCGGGGCCAACAAGGGCAUCUCCCCUGUGCCCAUCAACCUGCGAGUCUACUCCCCUCACGUGCUGAACCUGACGCUGGUGGACCUGCCAGGGAUGACCAAGGUGCCCGUGGGCGACCAACCUGCAGACAUUGAGUCCCAGAUCAGAGAGAUGCUGAUGCAGUUUGUCACCAAGGAGAACUGCCUGAUGCUGGCUGUCUCCCCAGCAAACUCUGAUCUGGCCAACUCUGACGCUUUAAAGAUUGCCAAAGAGGUCGACCCUCAGGGUGAAAAUUCCAGGAAGUGAUGGUCGAAGUUGGAUCUGGUUUUCUGCAAAUCUUGCAAUUGUUCAGACUGUGUUGUAAAUGUCUCUCGUCUGUUCCGUCCAGGAUACGUCGGCGUGGUGAACAGGAGCCAGAAGGACAUAGAUGGGAAGAAGGACAUUAAUGCAGCUAUGGCUGCUGAGAGGAAGUUCUUUCUCACCCACCCUUCAUACAGACACCUGGCAGACCGCAUGGGAACUCCCUACCUCCAGAAAGUCCUCAAUCAGCAACUGACCAACCACAUCCGCGACACCCUGCCGGGGCUGCGAGCCAAGCUACAGAGUCAGCUCCUCUCCAUAGAGAAGGAGGUGGAGGAAUACAAGAACUUCAGACCUGACGAUCCGUCUCGCAAGACCAAGGCUCUGCUCCAGAUGGUGCAGCAGUUCUCUGUGGAUUUCGAGAAGUGCAUAGAGGGCUCUGGCGACCAGAUUGAUACGGCUGAGCUGUCAGGUGGUGCGAGGAUCAAUCGUAUCUUCCAUGAACGCUUCCCGUUUGAACUGGUCAAGAUGGAGUUCGAUGAGAAGGAGCUGAGGAAGGAGAUCAGCUACGCCAUCAAGAACAUUCACGGCAUCAGAACUGGCCUCUUCACCCCGGACAUGGCCUUUGAGACCAUUGUGAAAAGGCAGAUUGGGAAGAUUAAAGAGCCGUGCACCAAAUGUGUGGACAUGGUCAUUUCUGAGCUAGUCAAUACGGUUAGGCAGUGUACCAAGAAGCUGGCUCAGUAUCCCAUGCUGCGAGAGGAGAUGGAGAGAAUUGUCACGCAGCACAUCAGGGACCGGGAAAGCCGCACUAAGACGCAGGUGCUGCUGUUGAUAGACAUCGAGUUGUCUUACAUGAACACCAACCAUGAGGAUUUUAUUGGAUUUGCCAACGCUCAACAAAGGAUCAGCCAAAUGAACAAGAAGAAGGCAGCCGGCAACCAGGAUGAAAUCAUGCCUGAGAGAGGAGUUAGCGAUCGGUUCAAGGUGAUCAGGAAGGGCUGGCUGACCAUCAACAACAUCGGCAUCAUGAAGGGAGGAGCCAAGGAGUACUGGUUCGUCCUCACUGCCGAGUCUCUGUCCUGGUAUAAGGACGAUGAGGAGAAAGAGAAGAAGUACAUGCUGCAGGUGGACAACCUAAGGCUGCGCGAUGUGGAGAAAGGCUUCAUGUCCAGCAAGCACAUCUUUGCCCUCUUCAACACCGAGCAGAGGUGCUUUUAA